ACCGUGCGCGCGCAUUUUCGCGCUUUUCCGCAGAGGACCGAGUUUUCUAUAGGUAGUUUAAAGCGAGCGAAACUUGCUCAAAUUCACACCAGUAAAUAUAAACGUGAAGAAUGAAGAUUCUGCUCCUGUUGCUGACACUUGCUGCGGCAUCUGAGUUAUACCAAAGGACGGAACAUUACGACGACCAAAUCGUCGUGAAAUGCGAGCUAAAGGAGAGUUUUACGGAGCGUCUGGGGACCCUGCUGGAGAAGGAUUUUGUUGAUCUGUGGGGGGUUGACGAGGAGAAGCGACUUCACAUUCGUCUCGGCAACCAGCUCUGGUCCGAGCUGCAGUCCACACUGCCAGAGUGUUCCGUGGUCAUCGAAAAUGUAGAAGAAUAUGUGUCAAAGGCGGAGAAAAAACCUUUUGACAAGAGUAAUCCUGAACCAAGCUGGUUUGAAGCAUAUCAUCCUUAUGACGAUAUUGUUGCGUGGUAUCAGACAUUGGGCAAAAAUUACAGCGGACUGGUCAAGUAUGUUGAGAGCAUUGGGAUGUCUGUGGAGGGUCGAAACAUACCUGCCGUUCAUAUUACAAACAUACUGGCUGAUCCCAUUAACACUGUCUAUUUCCAAUGCCAACUCCACGCAAGGGAGUGGAUUUCAGCAGCAGUGUGCAUGAACAUUGCCACCUAUCUCUGUGAGAACUAUGGCAAAGACGAGCAGGUCACCAAGUUGCUGGACAGUUUGCAGUUUGUUUUUGUACCUAUUGCAAAUCCCGAUGGAUAUGAGUAUACUUGGACUGUUGACCGUCUAUGGAGAAAGAAUCGCAGGGUGAACCCCGGAUCAUCCUGUAUGGGAGUCGACCUCAACAGAAACUACAAUGACCACUGGGAUGAGGGAGGGAGUUCAGGAAGCCCAUGCAGUCAAGUCUAUCACGGCUCUUUCCCGGCCUCUGAACCAGAGACACAGACCACGCAGGCCUACUUUGGAGCUCAGAAUGGUGUGAUUGCAGCCGUUGACUGGCAUGCUUACAGCCAACUGAUCUUGCGACCAUAUGGGUACACCAUGAAACCAUCCCCCAAUGAGGAGCAACUCAGUGCUAUUGGUGCUAACAUGAGCCAAGCUAUAUAUUCUGUGCAUGGCUACACAUACACAUCGAUGGCUGCUUCAGGACUUUACCUAUAUAGCUAGUGGGAUUGCCUCAGACUGUUUCUUCCGUCCUUCAAUCCUCCAUAUCAAUAAACUGUAAAUCUUAAGGUUCUAUGGCGACGAGGCAACCAGUACCAAUGAAGGAUACAGAGCUGCUGGCUACACAUUUGAGCUGAGGGAUACUGGUCAAUAUGGAUUCCUACUUCCACCUGAUCAGAUCAUUCCAACUGGCCAAGAGAUUGUACCAGCAGUACUCUAUCUGGCGGAAGCCAUGCUGGAGAAUCCUAUACGCAGCACCUAAAAUGCUUCACUCUAUAGUUAUGGACACAGCUACGUACUGUAAUACCAUUUUGAUGCCA